AGAAGAAGAAGAAGAAGGAUCCACACAAAAUUUCAGCUCCCCGAACGUGAAUGGGAAUCAGAGUUUUUUCCCCCAGAGAAAGCGGCACCGGUAGCGCAAAGUCUGGGCUACAUUCUUCCUUUGCUGGAGUUUGACCGUUACUCUGCGCUAAAGAAUGCCUUAAACACAUGAUGGACCCAAGGGACAUUAGGAAGGAAACUCCAUUUAUAAGAAAGUCUACAGAAAUAAUCAACAGAAAUCAAGUGGAGCGACUUCGCAAAGCACUGGCUAACUUUACUCCUUUGCCACCAAGUCAGCGCUGGUCAGGAGCACCCAUAGAGGAGACAUUGGUGUCACUAAAGGAACGUGUGGAGGAAGAAACAGAUGUCCCAAAUCAAGAGGCCUCAGUAGACAUGAGUAUUACAGUGGACAUGGCAAAAGAAUGUACAGACCCUGAUUUUCUCUUGAAAAUAGCGGCAGUGAAAAAAAUUCGGAUUGCUCCGUUGAAAUGGAUAUGCACAGUCCCGCCAACAACACAGAGGGAAGCAGACACAGACCCAAAAGCGGUUCUCGAAAACGAGGUGAUCACUGAUAAGGACAAUGAGGACAUCACUGAUGACAGUGAAGAUGAUCCAGAUGCAGACACAGAAGACUACACUGGAGGCUCGAGAGCUGCAAAUGGUAAAACAGAGGAGGAUGUGGUGGAAAGUAAAGCCAAGGUGAAGAUCAGAAGGCCUCCGAGUCUACUGUGUACUCGACUGAAACAGGUGAUUAAGGACUUGGUGGUGAAGCAAGUUACAAUGCACUUUAUUCAGCACGAAGAACGUUUGAACAAACUUGAGAAGAAGAUGAAGGAUCUUGAAGGAGCUCUUGCACAUCAGCAAGCCAGACAUCUCCAACUAAGUAACCAAGACCAGAUGUCCAGCAAUACUACCUCGGUUGAGCUGUCUACUGACACUAUGCCUUCGUCUCUGACCUGUGGUGCUCCCUCCACACCUGUGCAGACACCCAGCUGUCCUCCUGCUGCUGCUGAAGUCCUGUCUGAAACAAAACCCUCUGCACAGCCAGUGGAGCCAGAAGCCCUCCCAAAUCCCCCUUGUGUGGAUGUUACAAAACCACAGUCAUGUGAUAGUUUGGCGACUCAACAAAACAGUGGCCAGCUGAACUCUAAUGAUGCCCGCUACCCUCAUCUCUCAAGGCCCCUCUCGAGUGGUAAGGUGCCAGCCAACAUCCCCAACAUCCCCAACAUCCCCAACAUCCCCAACAUCCCCAACAUCCCCAACAUCCCUACGCUCAACACGUACCUUCCUCGCAUACCUACGGCCACUCCACUGCUUCUAACCAUCGCAGUGGACACUCAGCACAUCCUUAAGGAUACUCCGUACCUGCUGAGCAUCUCUGUACACGCUCAGCCCCUCUUCAACAUCCCUACGGACACUCCGCAGAUCCUCAACGUCCCCACGGACGAUACCCGGCACCUUCCUCAUAUCCCUACGGACAAUACCCUGCACCUUCCUAAUAUCCCUAAAGACUCUCCGCACCUUCCUAACAUACCUACAGACAACUCGUUCCUGCCUACCAUCCCUACGGACAGCUCAUCUCGUCCUAACAUGCCGACAAACACCAAGUCAUAUAUUCCCAUCUUAAACAUGAAGACGACAUGUCUUCGUGCCGUACCCACCAUCACCUCAUGUUGUCCUAACAGACCCAUUGACGCCAUUCCACAUAGUCAACCGCACCAGCCUACUCCACAGAUCUCAAACCCAGUUAGAUUCGUGAACCAGUUGGAACAACGGCUGACCCGGCUCCGGGCCCUGCCCCACCGUCGACCCCAGCCCCAGCCCCAGCCCCAGCCCCAUGCACCCUCUGUCAGAGGCUAUGAGAGGAAGAGCGGCAGCCCAGGCCACACCACCAUGCUAGCUCUGGGAGGCAAGGAUGAGAUUUUGGCUGGCAAUACACAAGUGUGGAAUGAUGUCAGGAGACCCUUCCAUUUAGAGAUGAUUGAGCACUUUGUGAUGCUGAGACGCUGCCUGGCCAAGUUACCAACUCCUCGCUGGCUGGCUCUGCUGCUGUUGCUGCUGCUGCUGCUGCUGCUGCUGCCGCCCACCUGCCACUCCCGCCGGGACAAGGGGGGAGGGGGAGCGGGUGGGGGUGGGGGUGGGGGAGUUGCGGUGGCCCACUACAUCCCGCCGCUGCUGGGCCACGGCCACACGGGCCCGGGCCAGAGCUCGUACCCGGUGCUGCCGCGCAUCAUGCAGGGCCUGAGCAUUGCAGUGGUGCUGGUGGGCAACUCCAGUGAGCUCUACCUUGUACCUGAUUACCAUAUCUUUCACCAGCAAUUGUUUGGCAUGCCCUGA